AUGGGACACCUCCACGAAACCCCGCUUGCCGCCAUCAUGGAGUUCCCUCCCUUACGGCAGGCUUUCGGGGGCUACUUCCGGAAGCCGCUGUGUAGCGAGUCGUUCCAGUUCUUGGUUGACGUGUCGGAAUUCUCGAGUUUGGUCUAUAGAACUAGUGGUUGCGACGAGCGGGGCGGCAAAGACGACUUAGACGAGUUCAACGUAAUCGUCGGCGAAUACAUCACGGACAACUCCAAUUCCGAGAUCAACAUCGACAGCGUUACCAAGAAAAAGCUCACGGGGUUCUGCGAACGCUCAGCGUACGCGUCGCUUGACCAGAUGCUACACUUCAUGGAUUUCAAGUGGGGGUUCCUCCUCUCGCUGGACGUUCAACGGCUGGUACCAAAGCUUCGUACUUUUGCGGAGGCAGUUUACAACAAAGGUUGUCCCCUGACACACUGUUGGGCCUUCAUCGACGGAACUGUGCGCGGUAUUGCAAGGAAUGAUCCGGAAGCCGUGCCCCCGUUGAUGGGUGGGAAGAUUCCAGAGGGCGCAGAGGUUGGAACGAGGCACGACGGCUACUUGCUUGCGCAGUCUGCACUACUUGAGAAGCUACAGACCCGCAUGAACAGCCCUUCAGGCCACCCGUAUUGCUUGUAUGGUGAUCCAGCGUACGGUCAGACCGAUCACAUACAGUGCCCU